ACCAUCCAUGGUCGUUUCGACAGCGGUGCAGUCGCGGUGAGAGAUAGGAAUAGCUUAAUUGGCGCUAGCCUACUUGCUAACCCUCCUCGUGGGGUUGUGUCAUGAUGGAAGGGAUCACCGUCAUCAAGCCUACCCGCCCAGAGCACGCAGACUGAAGCGAGGAAGAAGAAGAGCAGUCAACGGUCGUGCCGGGCCUCGUCUCAGAACGAAACUCGACGUGGUCUUUCCGCCAUGUGGACAUGCGAGACUAAAGUUGGCAUCACCUGUCUGGUCGUGAUUUGCGGGAGCGCAAACUCACUGGCCUUCGCAGCGGCCAUCCUGCAGUGGGAAGAAAUGGUGGUGUCUCUCAGUUUCGGAGUCAUCUUUUUCGGGGUCAGCAUAUUCUUCUUGAUGCUGCUCUUCUCUAUCCUGGUGACCGACAACCAGAAGGGCAUGACGAUAAUGACGCACGCAUGCAAGACACGGCCCGUCCUCCUGUUGAUCUUCCUGGGCCUUUUCAACGCCGAGCUGCGUGGCUUGAUCCAGGUCAAGUACGAGAGGUCCGCCAUGGUGACGCAGAUGCCCCUCACGAUUCCUCCACCGGGCCCCGUAUUGCGACAAUCGUACAAGCUGAUCACCGACAGCUACGCUGCCGCCCAGCGACAAUCGUACAAGCUGAUCACCGAGAGCAACGCUGCCGCCCUGCGUCCUAGAAAGGGAGCCGCCGGCUUGAACACCACGAUGUUGCUUCGACAAGUGUCCGACGUGGAUGAGAACGGGGAUGAAGCCGCCGUUAAAUUGGACCCGGAUAUUAUCUUGUACCUGUCCAUCGGGCUGUUCAUCUGCAACGUCAUCAUAGACGCCUUUGUCAUCAGGAGGCUCGGCCUGUACACUUCCAAGAUGGGAUCACUCCCGCUCCAAACUUCUGGAUCGCUACCGGCACAAAGCUCCGGGUCCCGUGGCCAACAAUAAAAAAAAAAGAAAGCAAUGGAAACAUUGCGGCAGACACGAGCCAA